AUGAGGAGAUUUGUUUACUGCAAGGUGGUUCUAGCCACUUCUCUCAUGUGGGUGCUUGUGGAUGUCUUCUUACUUCUGUACUUUAGUGAAUGUAAUAAAUGUGAUGAUAAGAAAGAGAGGUCUCUGCCCAGAGGAGACCUUAUCAGCAUGUUCCAAAGGAAACAUGAAGGACCUGGAGAGAUGGGAAAGGCUGUGCUCAUUCCAAAGGAUGACCAGGAGAAGAUGAAAGAACUGUUUAAAAUCAACCAGUUUAACCUUAUGGCCAGUGACUUGAUUGCCCUGAACCGGAGUUUGCCCGAUGUGAGACUGGACGGGUGCAAGACUAAAGUCUAUCCCGAUGAACUUCCCAACACAAGUGUGGUUAUUGUGUUUCACAAUGAAGCCUGGAGCACUCUGCUUCGGACUGUAUACAGUGUGAUAAACCGCUCACCGCACCACCUGCUUUCAGAAAUCAUCCUGGUCGAUGAUGCCAGCGAGAGAGAGUUUCUGAAAGCCUCAUUAGAGAAUUACGUGAAAAAUCUGGAAGUCUCCAUAAAAAUCAUUCGGAUGGAGCAGAGGUCAGGACUGAUCCGUGCGCGGCUCCGUGGGGCGGCAGCCUCCAAAGGGCAGGUGAUAACAUUCCUGGACGCACAUUGUGAGUGCACCCUGGGCUGGCUCGAGCCACUGUUGGCCAGGAUAAAGGAAGACAGGAAAACUGUUGUCUGCCCAAUCAUUGAUGUGAUCAGUGAUGACACUUUUGAAUACAUGGCUGGAUCUGAUAUGACUUAUGGAGGGUUUAACUGGAAACUGAACUUUCGCUGGUAUCCAGUUCCACAAAGGGAGAUGGACAGGAGGAAAGGAGACAGGACCUUGCCUGUAAGGACCCCUACUAUGGCUGGUGGCCUAUUUUCUAUUGACAGAAACUACUUUGAAGAGAUAGGAACUUACGAUGCAGGAAUGGAUAUCUGGGGUGGCGAGAAUCUUGAAAUGUCUUUUAGGAUUUGGCAGUGUGGUGGCUCCCUUGAGAUUGUCACCUGCUCGCAUGUUGGCCACGUUUUCCGAAAGGCAACACCUUACACCUUCCCUGGUGGCACGGGGCACGUCAUCAACAAGAACAACAGGAGACUGGCAGAGGUCUGGAUGGAUGAGUUUAAGGACUUCUUCUAUAUAAUAUCCCCAGGUGUUGUUAAGGUGGAUUAUGGUGAUGUAUCCAUCAGGAAAGCACUGAGAGAAAAUCUGAAGUGUAAACCCUUCUCGUGGUACUUGGAAAAUAUCUAUCCUGAUUCCCAGAUUCCACGGCGCUACUACUCACUUGGUGAGAUCAGGAAUGUUGAAACCAACCAGUGUUUAGACAACAUGGGCCGCAAGGAAAAUGAAAAAGUGGGCAUCUUUAACUGCCACGGCAUGGGAGGAAAUCAGGUCUUUUCUUACACUGCUGACAAAGAGAUCCGCACAGACGACUUGUGCCUGGACGUGUCGAGGCUGAAUGGCCCUGUCAUCAUGCUGAAGUGCCACCACAUGAGGGGGAACCAGCUCUGGGAGUAUGAUGCUGAGAAGCUCACCCUGAGGCAUGUCAACAGCAACCAGUGUCUGGAUGAGCCGUCAGAGGAGGAUAAGAUGGUUCCCACCAUGAGGGAGUGUGGUGACAGCCGUUCCCAGCAAUGGCUGCUGCGCAACAUGACCUUGGGUGCCUGAAGUUAGCACAGACCCUCUGCCUCGUCCGGGAUCUCUUCUCAUUCUCUUCCUCCUCCUUCUCCUCCUCCCAUCCUCCUUGCUGAGGCCAGUGGUGCUGAAGCCCUCUCCAAAUCCCAGCUGACAGAGCAAAGUCACAGGGCAGGGUUCCUUGAUGCGGCAGGUCUCCACAUGCCCCUUCAAAACCUGUGACUGUUCAAAAGAAGCUCAUCUGAGCCUGUAAAUGUCGAAAUGUGUGCUGUUACCAACACAAAUCUGCUCCAAAAUUGUUCCAGAGAAACCUCUAUGAACCCUAUGUCAAAGAGGUUGGGAUGGAGGGUAUUUUCUGUGUGUCACACACCACUACAGAGAAGUGACCCAGCAUAAAAUGCCUUGUAACACUAAACCAUCCUGACAGGUAUCUCCCAGGCUGGAUGUAUUGGUUCUGGUCUUUCUUGGGAACACAUGGCAGGCAUUUGCUGUUCUCUCGUGUUGAAAGGGACUUGGUGAAGAACCACACUGAGCAGCAACGUUGCCAGGCUCUCAGCUUUGUGGUUUGUUCAGGGAAAAAAAUGGGAUCUGGUGUUUGGAAAAGCAACAAAACUGAGCAAAGACUGCACUCAGAAAUUGAAAUUAAAUCAGAUGAGGCAGCAACAAAAGACACAAUGUUAAGAAGCACUGAUGCAUGUGGGUAACUCAGACCAGCACAGGUGGAACUGUCCUACAGUGGGAAGAGAAGUGGCUUGGGCUGACACCUGGGAGCUGCAAGAGGGUUGCAGAUGGAAGUUCCAAAACCUGGCCCUCUGAGACUGCUGGAGACUGAGAGUUGGUCUGAACUUGGUCCCUAGCUGCUACCCUUGAGCAUUAGUAUAUACUCACAUCCUGUCUAAGGCACA